GUUUUAUAUCAGAUUACUUAAAAUAUCGCCUUUAUCCUGUGUAAUGAGCCUCUGCGCUUCCAGAUAGCGUUGUAUUGUCUUCCUGUGAGUAAAUCUGUGUGAAAGAUCUGUGCGAGUCGGCGGCGUGAGUGUUGCACUGAAGAGAAAAAUCUCAGUAAGCGUGCAUUUGCCCCCUUGGUGGACAAUUCUGCAAGAGAGGGCAGGAAAUUACUGAAAUGCUUACGCAAGCAGAAAAUAGGGGGCGCUGCGCAUCUGUUCAGUUGGUUUGCAACCGCUCAUUAAAGCCACCGAAGAAGUAAAGGCGGAAGAAUCGGCGAGUCGUCGAGGCAUUUAGGUAAUUAUGGUGUUGAAGGAGAUACCAGCAGACAAUAUCACCCGGCCCUUGGGCCGCAAUGAGGUCAUUGGUUUACUCUUCCGCCUUACGAUAUUUGGUGCUGUUACCUACUUUACAAUAAAGUGGAUGGUGGAUGCUAUUGAUCCAACAAGAAAACAAAAAGUUGAAGCACAGAAGCAGGCAGAGAAACUCAUGAAGCAGAUUGGAGUGCACAACGUCAAGCUGUCUGAGUAUGAGAUGAGCAUUGCAGCCCAUCUGGUGGACCCGUUAAGUAUGCAAAUAACGUGGAGUGAUAUAGCUGGCCUAGAUGACGUAAUAACUGAGCUGAAGGACUCAGUCAUUCUUCCCAUCCAGAAAAGGCAUCUGUUUGAAAGGUCAAAGCUUCUUCAGCCUCCCAAAGGAGUGCUACUGUACGGUCCCCCAGGCUGUGGAAAAACUCUGAUAGCCAAAGCCACAGCCAAAGAGGCCGGUUUCCGGUUCAUCAACCUGCAGCCCUCCACUCUGACGGAUAAAUGGUACGGCGAGUCCCAGAAACUGGCUGCAGCUGUCUUCUCCCUGGCCAUCAAGCUCCAGCCCUCUAUCAUCUUCAUUGAUGAAAUUGACUCCUUUUUAAGAAACCGCUCCAGUUCGGACCAUGAGGCUACUGCCAUGAUGAAGGCUCAGUUCAUGAGCUUAUGGGACGGACUAGACACAGAUUACAAAUGCCAGGUUAUAAUUAUGGGUGCCACCAACCGGCCUCAGGAUCUGGACUCGGCUAUUCUUCGCAGAAUGCCUACUAGGUUCCACAUUAAUCAGCCUAAUAUCAAGCAGAGGGAAUCGAUACUGAGGCUCAUCCUGGAGAAUGAGAAUAUUGGGGCCAGCGUAGACCUGCGUGAAAUAGCAAAACACACAGAUGGCUUCUCGGGAAGUGACCUCAAAGAGAUGUGUCGAGAUGCAGCUCUGUUCUGUGUACGGGAACUCGUGCAUGCUGAGGAGAGUUCAGAGGAAGACUACAUCCGACCCAUCCAGCAGACUGACCUCCAAAAAGCCACUGAAAAGAUGAAAAAGUCGAAAUCGGCAGGAGCACCAAGUAUGCUGCUGGAUGCAGCCUUGGACUGAUUCUGAUACUACUGGCCAGGGUGAAUUAUUUCCCCAGAAGAUUAUAAUACUUUUUGUAAAUUUAACAUGUUUAUCAUAUAAUAUGGUUUGCAUAAGAAGGUGCUCUAGAAACAGGAUAUUUGAUCUAUCAACUCUCUCUUUGCAAUAUGCCUUUUUUUCUUUUCUUUUUUUUUUUUUUUUUGGCUAUUUUUGCCACAUCAUACUAUAUGCCUUUUGGGCAUUAGGUUUGCUAAGAACUUGCUGCAUGGGAUAUUAGGAGAAUAUUUAUAAAACUGUACAGAAGCAGGCAACAUGUGUAUAUAAAGCACCUAGGUCAUAUUCAUUUCAGACAGUUAAAAAAAUAACAGAUCAGGAAGGGAAUGAGAUUCCUUUGUAUUUCUAAAGGAUUUCUACUUGCUGGUUUGUUUAGUGACUUACGUUUACAGAUACUGGAUAUAUAGUGUAGACACCCCUGUUAAAAUUGUAGGUUUUUGUGAUGUUAAAAAUCAAAGCAAGAUGUCGGUUCUAUUUCCACCAUUAACGGGACAUAGCAGCCAAUCUGAAGCCAUUCCACUGUUGACUUGGAUUAGUGCUUUGGGUUGUUAUUGUGCUGGAAGGUGAAAUUUUUCUUCAUCUUCACCUGUCUAACAGAGGCCUGCAGGUUUUUAUGGCAAAAUAAAUGCUGCCACCACCAUGCUUCACCGUGGCUAUGGUGUUCUUUGGGUAAUAAGCUGUUGUGCGCCAAACAUUUCUUUUAGAAUUAUGCCCGCAAAGGUCUGCCUUGGUCUCAUCAGACCAUAACACAUUUUGCCACACAGUUUGGGGUGAUUGUAUGUAUGUUUUAGCAAAUUGUAGGCUUGGAUGGUUUUUUUUUCUUCUUCUUCUUUUUUUAUGAGAAUAAACAUGGCAGACUUGUGAAGAAUAUGAGAGAUUGUCACAUGCAGGGAGUGAGCAGUACUCGCCACUCUUGAGAUCCCGUAGAUGCUUUGUAAGCUACUUGUAUACAUGGUUAAAGCAGUCAGAUGAAACCGAGAUGAUGUCAAGAAAAUCCUACAUCCAUCCAUCCAUCCAUCCAUCCUCUGUACCACUUAUCCUACACAGGGACGUGGGGUAACCUGGUGCCAGUCCCAGGGGACUCGGAGCGCAAGGCGGGGGAACACCCUGGACAGGGUGCAUACUCAUCGCCCACACACAAACACACACACACACACACACCUGACAAUUUGGAAAUACCUACAACGCAUGUCUUUGGACUGGGGAGGAAACCUGAGUAACCAGAGGAAACCCCUGAAGCACAGGGAGAACAUGCAAACUCCACGCACACAGGGCGAAGACGAGAUUUGAACACCCAACAUUGGAGAUGCGAGGCAAACGUGAUAACCACUAAGCCACUGUGCCCCAUCCCCAAAAACAGCUGAUCUUUUUUUGGGGUUAAUCUGACUCACUGAAUGUGAUUGGUUAACUCUGAGCACAGCCACAUGCUUCAUUAUAAAAAGAUGCAACCUGCACACUUAUGCAACCAGGUUAUUGUAAGUUUUUCUUCUUUCUAAAAUGUUUUUGUUUAUUUUUCACUUGAAUUUUUGGUUAUGUUUAUGGGUUAUGUCACAUUAAAGGUGGAAAAAUAUCUGACGUGAUUUAUCUUGGUUUCACUUAUUUCCGUGACAAAAACCAGACAAUUUAACAGGGGUGUGUAAACGUAUUAUAUCCACUGUACAAUGGUCUUUGGAUUGAAAUACAAAGCAUGUUUUUGAGCAGUGUACAGAGAAAAGCUUUUGUGAUGUGUAAUGUGGUAUUUUCUCUAGCAAUAAAUAGGGGUGUACAGACUGUCUGUGACCUAAGCUAUAUCUGUCCUUUAAAAAACUGUUCAGAUGUCUUUUCUAUUAGUGUGUGGAUUCUGAAAAGAUUUUCUACACAGAGGAAGAAAAGUAGAAUAGAAGUUAACUUAAGUGAUGAGUAUAAGUUGUUAGCUCUUAUAGUAUGUAUAUAAUGCUUAGUAAACAAUGUAUAUCAA